UGAGGCACUGAGAGGCUGAGAGCGAGCCGGCCAGUGAGUCAGAGCCGUGCCGCCGAGCGAUGCCCGUCUCCCCGCCGCACGCCGCUUCCCGGAGCGCUGGGCAGCGGCAUGAAGGGGCCAGCUGAGGAUUUCUAGGGGGAAGAGGCGGGGAGCGAUGAAAGGCGUCGCUGCGAAGAGCCGCGGGGUGACGCCGGGGCAGGUACUGAGCCUCUGCCUCCUGCUCGCCGCUUCCUCCGGGGCUUCCGCCGCCAUUCGCUAUGCCAUCCCCGAGGAGGCGCGGAGAGGAUCGGCCGUGGGCAACGUGGCAGCCGACCUGGCGCUGGACCCGGCGCGGCUGUCGGGGCGGCGGCCGCGGGUUGUGUCCGGCGGCAGCAAGAAGUACUUCGCGGUGGAUGCGGCGAGCGGUUCGCUGCUGGUGAGCGAGCGGAUAGACCGCGAGGAGCUGUGCGGAGCGCUCUCCCCGUGCACCCUCAGCUUUGAGAUCGUGCUGGAGAAACCUCUGGAGCUGUACAGCGGCGCCGUGGAGAUCCAGGACAUCAAUGACAACGACCCGGUUUUUCCCAGCAGCCAGGCGAGGCUGGAAAUCAGCGAGUCGGUGGCGGCCGGGACGCGCUUCCCGCUAGAGAGCGCGCAAGAUCCCGAUGUGGGAAUUAACUCUUUGCAGACCUAUCAGCUCAGCGCCAACCCGCACUUCGUGCUGGACGUACAGACGAGGGUGGACGGAAGCAAGUACGCCGAACUGGUGUUAGAGAAGGAACUGGACAGGGAGGAGCAACGGGAGCUGCACUUGGUCUUGACGGCGCUGGAUGGAGGCAGCCCGCCACGGUCAGCCCACGUGCAGAUCCACAUUGACGUGGUGGACUCCAACGACAACGCUCCAGUCUUCAACCAGUCCACCUAUAAGGCGAGCGUGAGGGAGAACACGCCCAGUGGCACCCUGGUCACCAAGGUGAGCGCCUAUGACCUGGAUGAUGGGCCCAAUGGAGACAUCAUCUACUCCUUCAGCAGCCACACGCCAGCCAAGGUACGAGAGCUCUUCACUCUGGACUCGGAUACUGGGGAGCUGAGGGUCAAGGGCCAGCUGGACUACGAGGAAACAAAGCUGUAUGAGAUUUACUUACAGGCUAAAGAUAAGGGUGCCGUUCCUGGCGUUGCCAACUGCAAAGUGCUGGUGGAAGUCGUGGAUGUGAAUGAUAAUGCUCCAGAGGUGACGGUGACUUCGGUGUACAGCCCUGUGCCUGAGGAUGCAGCCCCGGGGACAGUCGUAGCUCUGCUGAGUGUAACAGACUUGGACUCUCGAGACAACGGUCUGGUGAACUGUUUUAUUCCCCCUGGGAUCCCAUUCACGCUCAGUUCCUCCCUCAAAAAUUACUACACAUUGAAAACUAAAGCAGCUCUGGACCGGGAAGAGGCAUCAGAGUACAACAUCACUGUCACAGCCAGGGACUCAGGUUCGCCGCCCUUGUCUGCAGUAAAACAAAUCCUGGUACAGGUGUCAGACGUCAACGACAAUGCACCCAAGUCUUCACAGGACUCCUAUGAUGUGUACGUGCCAGAGAACAACGUGCCAGGCAUCUCCAUUCUUAACGUGAGCGCCACAGACCCAGACCUGGGGCGCAACGGCCAUCUCUCCUAUUCCCUCCUGCAGGGGGACACCGCCGUGGGUCACCUCUUCUCCAUCAACCGCGAGAGUGGUGCCCUCCAUCUGCUGACCUCCCUGGACCAUGAGGACCAGAUGGAGUUCAGCAUGAUGGUGCAGGUCCACGACGGCGGCACUCCGCCUCUUGCCACCAACCUGUCGGUCAAUGUGUUUGUCACUGACCUCAAUGACAAUGCCCCCACUGUGCUGUACCCCCUCCCUAACUCCACAUCCUCCUACACCGACGUGGUGGCACCGGGCACUCCUGUGGGCCACGUGGUCACCAAGGUGGUGGCGGUGGAUGCGGAUGCAGGAUACAACGCCUGGAUCUCCUACACCCUGCUGCAGGCCACCGAUCCCACUCUCUUCUCAGUUGGGCUGCACAGUGGGGAGAUCAUCACAGCCCGUCAGCUCCGGGAGGACGAGGCUCCCCAGCACACCUUGGUCAUCCUGCUGAAGGACCACGGGGAGCCCGCGCUGUCAGCCAGUGCCACCGUCUCCAUCUCUGUGGCCGAGAGGGUCAAGGAAGCACUCACCGACCUCACCGAUGUGACACCCCCGCAUGACUCCAGGAGGCAUAUGACUUUCUAUCUCAUCUUGGCCGUCAUUUUGGUCUCGGCCGCUUUCUUCAUCACCAUAGUGUCAGUGGGCAUCUUCAAGUGCUACAAGUGGAGGCAGUCAAAGGAGCUGUUCAACAGCUCCAGGAGCACCCUGUACAGGACACCAGGGCCCUUCCACCACGUUGAUGCUGUGCGGGGUGGUUUCACACCACCCAACUUCUACCAUCAGGUCUAUCUCACCACAGACUCCCGGCAGAGUGAUCUCCUGUGUAAAAAACCCAUCACUUCCAGUCCUCUGGGGAGCCGCCAGAACACCAUGAGGAAUGGUGAGCCAGGACUGUACCACCAGAUGGUGGGCACCGCCAGCCGGCUCCCCACGCCCGCUGAGCAAGCUCAGCCUAACCCGGACUGGCGCUUCUCUCAGACCCAGAGACCUGGAACAAGUGGCUCCCAGAAUGGAGAGGAAGGUGGAGCCUGGCCCAACAACCAGUUUGACACGGAGAUGCUUCAAGCCAUGAUCCUGGCCUCGGCAAAUGGUCAGUCUCUACUGCAUGCAGGGAAACUACAGCACAGGGAAACCGUGGCCGUCUCAGCUGUGUGCCAUAGAUAAGAUGCUCGUGUGGUACUGGUGUGUGUGGUACACUGGAGAGGCUUCAGAAG